UCACCUGAGUAGUUUGCUAACAGAAGGCUGAUAGUAUCAGCAUUUGUAGAUGUUUGUAGACGUGUGCUGAGCUCCGCAGUCGUUCUAGAAACUUGAAAUCGCGUCAAGUGUGUCGCGUUACAGUUUGUAGAUGUAGCCAUCUUUGCUUUUAAAAGCUGAAAGGUAAUUCUCGGUGCAAAAGAUAAAAACGCCGAAUCAAAGAUGCCACCUGUUGGAGCACACUUCAACUCUAUCCAGCUGAGGCAAACAAAACUACCACCAUCACCCACUGAUGGGUCACCAGAAGAGGCUGGCGUCUCAGAUGUGAAUAAAAGGCCAGCACCAGUCAAACGUCCCCCCGCCACGUGGCCCAAGCCAUCGUCCCAUGCACGCCCAAAAUGUAUGCCUUCUGAGAAUACAGCCUCUGAGAAUACAGAAAGGAAACCGGAAGUUGGUACAAGCACCACACAACCUUCGUCAGCAGGCACAACGAUGGUGGCAUUUUUUGCGCCAGCAACGCCAGUGAUGACUCCAGACAUUGCAACAGCGUCAAAGAUGACACCAGAAGUAACAGAAGCGCCAACGACGACGCCAGACGUGACAGCAGCUCCAGUGAUGAUGUCAGACAUAAACAUAGCGCCUACGAUGACGCCAGACCUAACAGAAGCACCAAAGAUGUCAGUAGAAGUAACAGAAGAGCCAGUCGUAACUUCAGUUCCAGUGAUGACGCCUGACGUGACAGUAGUGCCAGUGAUGACGCCAGAGGUGACAGUAGUGCCAGUGAUAACGCCAGAGGUGACAGUAGUGCCAGACGUGACGCCAGAGGUGACAGUAGUGCCAGUCGUGACGCCAGACGUGACAGUAGUGCCAGUGAUAACGCCAGAGGUGACAGUAGUGCCAGACCUGACGCCAGACGUGACAGUAGUGCCAGUCGUGACGCCAGACGUGACAGUAGUGCCAGUGAUAACGCCAGAGGUGACAGUAGUGCCAGACGUGACGCCAGACGUGACAGUAGUGCCAGUGAUAACGCCAGAGGUGACAGUAGUGCCAGACGUGACGCCAGACGUGACAGUAGUGCCAGUCGUGACGCCAGACGUGACAGUAGUGCCAGUCAUGACGCCAGACCUGACAGUAGUGCCAGUCGUGGCGCCAGACGUGACAGUAGUGCCAGUGAUAACGCCAGAGGUGACAGUAGUGCCAGACCUGACGCCAGACGUGACAGUAGUGCCAGUCGUGACGCCAGACCUGACAGUAGUGCCAGUCGUGACGCCAGACCUGACAGUAGUGCCAGUCGUGACGCCAGAGGUGACAGUAGUGCCAGUCAUGACGCCAGACGUGACAGUAGUGCCAGUCGUGACGCCUGACGUGACAGUAGUGCCAGUCAUGACGCCAGAAGUAGUAGCAGUGCCAGUAAUGAAGCCAUCAGGAACAGCUGCACCUUGUAACCUGGACGAUUUAUCGGUGUGUUCAACAGACGUCCAGACGUCCACACCACAUCAGCAUCGGCAAUAA